AUGCCUCAAAUCAUUUCACGAAGGGACUCUACUGACUCCGAGAAUGAAACUAUCACUCGAGUCUCGAACCCCCUUACCAAAGAAAGUCUCCAAGAGUCUCUCCGCAUCGGUGCGGGUGCGGGUGCGGGUGCAGAUGUUGGUAGCAUGAUUGCACCUGCAAGUCCCGUCGAUGAGGACACAGCCUCGAGCUCAGAGUUCUCUGAUAGCGCAACCUCUUGGGAUAUGUCUUGCUAUCCUUCACCUAAUGUGAGCCCCGUGACGAAAGUUGUGCCGGAUUUUGCAUUUGCAUUCGACAUCGAUGGGGUACUUCUCAAGGGGGGCGAAGUAAUUCCAGAGGCUGUGGAGGCUCUUAAGGUCUUGAAUGGAAAAAACGAAUUUGGGAUUGAUAUUCCGUAUAUUUUUGUUACAAACGGUGGUGGUAAAACUGAGGCCGAACGAUGCCAGGACCUUAGCAAACAGCUCGAAACUGUUGUGUCCCCCGAUCAAUUUAUUUGCGGACACUCUCCUAUGCGAGAGAUGGCUGAUGUCUACGGGACCGUUCUUGUAGUGGGAGGUGAGGGUGAAAAGUGCCGGGACGUUGCCAAGACGUAUGGCUUCAAGAACAUCGUUACCCCAGGUGACCUCAUGAAGUCGAACCCUGCCGUUACCCCAUUCCGAAAACUCAAAGACUCCGAGCACAACUCUUGCAAGGAGCUUGAUCUUGAAGAACUCGAGAUUGAGGCUAUCUUUGUGUUUGCGGACAGUAGGCAUUGGGGUGACGAUGCCCAGAUCAUUUUGGAACUCCUCAUGUCUAAAAAUGGGCGCAUGGGGACUGUGUCAGAGACCUUUGAGGAGGGACCACCAAUCUACUGGAGCCACAAUGAUGUAGUUUGGGCAACCAACUAUGAGCUCAACAGAUAUGGAAUGGGUGCUUUCAGGGUCUUUGUCGAGUCCAUGUACAAGCACCAGACCGGAAAGAACUUGAAGACCUCGACAGCCUUUGGGAAGCCGCAGAUUGGAACAUAUCAGUUCGCAACCCGUGUUCUUGAGCAAUGGCGUGAAUCUAGGUUCGGAGCCAAGGGAGCCCCGAAGACAGUUUACUUUGUUGGUGAUACUUGUGAAUCAGACAUCAAGGGAACAAACGAAUACCACGAAACCGUUGAUGAGGAAUGGUACAGCAUUCUAGUUGAGACCGGUGUAUACGCCCCCGGAUCUGUUCCCGCUCAUGAGCCAAGGCAAAUCGCCAAGAACGUCCUUGAUGCCGUCCUCCACGGGAUCAAACGCUCCCAUGUGGGGGAGACCGGAUCGUUAGCUAAAGAUCUUGUUUUGUAA